AUGACGCCUACCCUCGGCCGCUGGUGGCUUGCUGCCCGUGGCUACUCAACCGCUGCGCCGGCAAAGACCCGCCUGAAGAAGACCCUGAGUCUCGACCAUUUCCUCCAGCGCGGCCGCGUCCUGUCCCUCUACCGCACCAUCCUCCGCGGCACGGCUCACAUUUCCGAUCCCUCGACAAAGGCCGAGUCUCGUCGCUACGCCCGCGGCGAAUUUGAGCGCCACCGCCACGUCACGGACAUUGGACACAUCCGCUAUCUGCUCUCCACGGGCAAGGUUGAGUGGGACAGCAUGGGCCGCUACGUAGAGGGGCUGUAA